GGGCGUCCGCGGUGAUGGUAGCUCAAUAGAGGGGUGUGUGCGUCCUCACGCAUCCCACUCCAUCCUAUGACACUUUUUCGCAAUUACUGUUGGAUUUAUUGACUCGAACUUUAGUGUCAGUAUCGAGAAUAGAAGUGGGAGAGAGCUCUAGCCCGCAGGUGAGCUGAGGAAGGCUGUCGUAUGCGUAGAGAGAGACGAGCCUGGCCUCCUCUACCUCCAGAGACGAGCCUGGCCUCCUCUACCUCCAGAGACGAGCCUGGCCUCCUCUACCUCCAGAGACGAGCCUGGCCUCCUCUACAUCCAGAGACGAGCCUGGCCUCCUCUACCUCCAGAGACGAGCCUGGCCUCCUCUACCUCCAGAGGUUCAUCUUGUGAGAGAUUCCAGGCCAAGAUCAAGAGAGGAGGCAAGAAGCAACCCAGUAGUAGCCUAGCGGCCUCGCUGGGUGGACGUGCUGUGCUGCGCUCUACCUAAGUACACUACCCUUGUACUGUGUAGCUUGCUUGAACCUUAUAGUGCUGUGUACUGGUCAAGUGUAUGUUACAUUCUUGCUCUGCCAUACGUUCUGACGGAGAAAAUAAGUGCUUGAGAAGAGAGGCAAUGAAAGUGAGAUAGUCAAGAGUCGUAAUUUUUGUGAAAAAAGUUAAAUUUUAGUGGGUAGUAUGAGUUGGUGAGGAAGGUGGACGAGGGUCUCAAGUCACCGCUAAGCAAGAAGAGGCUGGCAGCACGCCCGCACGCCCACACCACAGCCUGUGACCUACCAGCCAGGUCGUUCCUUCCUCGACCACCAGGGACAGGUCAAGGCUGAGAAUAAGAACUGCGAUUAUUGUCUUGUAUAACGAGAAUGUGAGUGAUGUUUGUCCUCUCCUGGUAGGCUAGACGCCCCUGUGUGUGUGUGUGUGAGUGUAGUAGUGAUCACCCCGCCCACUGGGACGCCCACUGUCUAGGGAUGUCCACCCAUUCGUCUGGGUCGUCGGUGGGGCGUGGGUCGGGUCUGGGCCCACACUUAGUACCUGUGGGUAUGGCCCUCACGCCCAAAAGCCUCUUAAAGCGACACAAGCUGCCCACCGCUGCCCACCUGCACACACCCACAGCCCCGCCUGGUCUAGACCUCUCACGCCCACUACUUCUCUACAACACCUAUAACUCUACAAAGGUGAGAGGCGUGUCGUUGAAGCCUGGUAGGGACGGAGGCCUGACUCCCGUGGGUCCAGCAAUUGUCAUCCCAGAGGCCUACACUGGUUGGUUCGCCAUCAUUACGAACGACGGCCACACUGCCACUUAUUUCUCCACAGUGGAACAAGUGGCCAACACUAAGAUAUCUUUCUUCCUCACUCGUCACGACGUUCCUGCUUAUACCAGGACCAAGGAAGAGGAUGGUAGAGUGUCGUACCAGAAGACGGUGGUGCAGAGCGGCCACGUCCUCAAGCUCCUGGGCAUCUUCGAGGACCUCAACGCCAGGAAGACCAACAGUGGAGGCCGGGGCCGCGAUGCCAUGUCUGUCUUCAACUGCGACAAGUUUGCUCAGUGUCUCAAUUACAGGAACGAGGAGAGUACACAAUGGACAGAGGAGACAAUACAUUCAAGGCAGGAGGUGAGGUCGAGUGUCAUAGAUGGCGUGGUUGUGUUCUUGCCGUUUUCAGCCUCUGGUCGGUUCUAUACGACGGCGCACAAAGCGAGCAAGAACCCGAGCCACGUGUACUUGAUGGCUCACAUUCUCAAGAACCACAAGUUACCCAUCACCGUCCGCCUUGUAUGUGGCUACAUGCCUCGUGUCCCUUGUAGCUUUACUGGUGUGCUGAGACUGGAGCAGGCACAGAAAGAGGCAGUGAUCCUGGCCUGCACCAUGACCAACGAGGCUCAAGCUACUCUCUUCGAGAUCGACGUGUCGUCCAACUUUGUCUUGACGCCCGUUAAGGACCCGAUGUUCCCCAAGACGCCCAUCUUCCUGAAGACCGUCUCCUAUUGUGAGGACGAGGCCGACGCCUGGAGAAGGCAGAUCAAGGUUACUCACCACGUGACUGAGAAGAGGUCAAGGUCAUUGACCCGGUCACUGAGCGACAAGUUUGUGGAACCACUAACGAGUGUCCGACCUCUUAGUUUGUCGUUCCUGUCCGAUCAUGACAAGAAGAAAGGUCGAGACCGUGACAACUCCAGGGAGAGUAGAUCGUCACAAACCAAUAAAGAAAAGACCAGGGAUAAAAGCAGAGAGCACAGAUUUAGAGACUUCAGGAUUAGAGAGAACAGCGUAGAGAAAACAAAGUUCACUUACCACGACAGGAGUAACAGCUACAAUGGGUACCCAGUGAAAGACCCAAGCUUGGAAAACAAGAAAAACUCGGACCACAGGAAAGUCUCGAAGCAAAAUACUUAUGUCCUGCAGAACGGCAAAAGUUCCAAACACAUAGAGAAAAAAGCUGAAAGUGAAAGCAGCUUCGUGACAACAAGGUCCAUAGAAAACAUGGACUAUUCUCGUGUUAUUGACGACAUCAGUCCAAUACCAGAGAAUGAGGAGGAAGAGGAAGAGUGCGAAAACCACUACUCUGAGAUCUGUGAUUAUACAUGGAGGAAUAGGAACAUUCCUCGAAGUGAAGCUCCUCUUAGUCUACCUAAUCUUAGUUAUUCUCAGAGUGGAGACAGAAUGAGAGAAAAGGUGUCAAGUAAGUUUUCCAGAGACAUUAGCAGUUUUAAUGAUAGCAUACACAGUAACAACUCUUUUAGAACACCAAUUCGACGUAAGAGUAGCAAUAGUCCAAGUGAGAGAAGUAGUUCUAGGUCAAUUACAAAGGCCUCAAAUAUUGUAGUGCAAGAAAAUCUUUUAAGGAAUGGUAGUAGUGAAAGACUGCGAAAAAGAGAAACGAGCAAAGUGUUUAAAGAGGAAGUGCUAAACCAAGACAGAGUGGAUGAAAUUUACAAGGAAGUGAUAGACAAGGACAAAGUGAAUAUGUCCAGCGAUGAAAUGCUGGAAAAGGAUAAGGUAAAUGAAGUGUACAUUAUACGAGUGGUAGUGAAAGACAAGGACGACGACAAGAUGUCUACCUUGGCGAAGGACACCUCCGGAGGUUACUAUAUGAAGAUCAGGGGCUUUGAGGUGCCCAAGGAAGAACUUGGAGGCAAUGUAUCUGGAGAUGCUAUUAAUGGCUACGAUUCUCUCUGUUGACAGUACAAGUGAGCCAGUGCUAAAGACAUAUCAGCUACAGACUGUAAUUGUUAAUGGCCUAAGUUUCCGAAGCUAAUGCAAUUACCCCAGAAUUAGUUUAUAACUGUGCCUCUUGGGGAAGGAUGAGGAA